UAUAGGAAAAGGCUCCAAUUUUCCGGUCCACCGGAUUAUAUCCAGUCUAUCCAGUUAGAACAUUCAGUUAUCCUUAACUUCCAUUUGUACCCCCGGAUGAGAAGCCACCAAGGGUGACUUUCAUGGUAAAUCUGGAAGAAAGGCAAGGGCAUUAGCGGAACUUCAUCUUUUAGAUGAGUACAGAAAUUUUCGCCGUUCUCACUCUCGUCUUCCUUUCCGUGCUCCGCCCGUUACCCCUUCCUCUCAUCAGUCACCAUCCGCCCCGAACUGUUAUAACGGCACAAGUCGGACGGAAUCCGACUGUCUGUCGCCGGAGAAAUCCCUUCGGCACCGACUGUGGUCGUAGCUCCCAGCAGUUUGUCUCGAUCGACGCCCGCGAGGUUAGUCCCUGAUUGCCUCUUUGGAUUACCACUUAGACGAAGGACAUGCGAGCCCUAGAGGAAGAGUUCUGGGCCAUCUUUGUUUGCAAAGUGCGGAAUCGGUCUGGUUUCCGACGGUGAUUUUCAUCAGCGAGCUGUGACGGCAGGCGAUGGAACUGAAUGGAUGGAGCUUGGGGGAUUUGAUUAUAUUGACGUGCUUGCUGGUCGCGGGUGGAGCGAGAGGGAGGUGCCCUUGCUGCCCGACAUGCUCAGGAGGGAGGACCACUUUGAGGUCGGGAUGCUAGACGGUUGCCUGAGCAUCGUGGUGAUGAGCUCAGUACGGAACUCCCGAGAGGUCAGGGUCUGGUUGAUGAAGCAGUAUGGAGUAGCAAAGUCCUGGACUAACGUGCACAUAUUGAAGGUUCCUUGCGGGACAAACUUCUUGAGACCGGUCGGUUACUUGACAUGCCGAGGCCUUGGAGGAAUGGUAAUGGAGAAGGAUGUGAAACAAGUGGUGGAGUUCAAUGUUAGGAAUAAUAUCCAUACAAGGAAGACCAUAGCACAUUACGAUGAUCCAAAUGAAAGAACUACUGUGUACGUCGAAUCGAUUGUAUCUCCAUGGGGACUGUGACCAACGAUGGAGAAAAUUGAGUUGAUUGAUUAGACUUUAUGCCCAAAAACUAUGUCCGGUGUAUAUGGACAACAUUAGAUGCUGGAUCACAUUUGGCCAUAGUCUUGGCAUAAACUGAAUCUUCUCCUGGUUGUUGCAGAAGAUCAAACCUAAUGCUUCAUCUGGCUCACCAGCAUGACAGCCCAAACUGUUCCAGAUACAAAGUAGCCCGACCACGACAUCUGCAACCCUCAAGGAAAGCAGCCGCUCAUUCAGUCCCCUGUCAUCUAUUAGCAUGUUUCCAUAAAUCUAUUUCUCGCAUAAGUGCUAUCUAAUCUUAUUGAGAUUUCUUUUCGGUUUUAUUCUUUUUAUUUAAGCUCCUCAGGACUAUAUUGUCAACCAUUCAGCCGUGGAAAAUAGCAGGCCAUGAGACAAAUGCAUCUCAUCUGAACUAUUAAACUGAACCUCAGUUUUUGAAAUUGAGAGACUGCUGAGGUGGGACAGCUUGGGUUUGCUCGAUUGAGAAGUCAUAACUUGCGUUAGACUGGAAGUGGAUUAUUUCCAUUCGUUAUGCUUCAGGAUUAUGGCUUCUUCAUUUCUUUCAUUGGAUCUAUGUGCAAUGAAAACUUAUGAGGUGUCGGAAUUAAUCAACAAACAACUAAUUUAUCGGAACUAAAUGCAAAGAUUACAUAGGUCCAGUAAAGCA